UUUCCGUUCCAAUUUGCAACUAUCCGUUUUAUCAAACUUGGCUUAAAACGAAUGUGCCGGUGGUGUAGAUCAUUUCCUACGAACUCAUUUCCUCUUGGUCGGCCGGUAACAUGCAGUUUGAUCUUUUUAAACCUGACAUGCCGGUGGUGUCUGUGUGUCUUUCCAAAUGAUAUUUUCCUUUUUUGCAUGCCGGUGUACAGUCUACUUGAUUUUAACCGGACAUGGCUGCGGUGGUUGUAGGUUCUUCUUGAUAUGGUUUUUCUCCUAUCAUGCAUGCUUGUAAAAGAUUUGAUGUACAAUUUCAGCCUAACAUGACGGCGAUGUAGAUAAAUUUCUCUUGAGACCAUUUUUCUUUUCCGUGGAGCUGCUAUUUUACUUGUGUGUUGUUUUGAUUUAGAGGUUUUUAUUUUCAGUUGUGAUUUCAAUUUGUUGUGGGUUUCUGUUUCAUUUCUAUUGUUUAGGUGACUAUCUUCAUGAGUACUGGGUUUAUCUGUUGUAGAUGCUGUCUUCGGUGGAUGGACGGUGAUGUGGGCGGUCGGCGGUCCGGGCUGCUCUUCAACAUGGUCGGCAACGUCCUUGGACUCCUGGUGUCCGGCGCGCGGUUGUACGGCUGGCCCCUCUAUGCCAUGGAUGUCGUCCUCGGCUUGGCGGGCGAUGUCGUCCGGCUCGUCUUGGCACUCUGCGGGCGGUAGUACGGGCUGUCCCUCCAUGCAGUGGAUGACGUCCUCGGCUCGGCGGAUGAUGUUGACUGGUUCCUCUCGGCGUUCGGCGGGGUGCGGCGCGACUCCAGUCUCGACAUUCUCGGAUGAGGGUCCAGUCAACGGCGGGAGCGGGUGCAUGGUUAUCGGUUAGCCGCUGGUUUUUUAUCCGAGCAACGGUGCGAGAAAUGAGAGUUCCUGUUUCUGAGACGUCAUCGACUGAGUGCUCUUCUGAUGUUUCAUCCUCCGGCUCUUGGGCUACCAACGUAUCCUCCACCAGAAUGCAGCUCUCCUCCACCUGCGUCGAAGAUAAAUCAUCCAGUACAUUGGGAUGGAAAUCGGCGGAUGCGGCGGCAGAUGCGGAUGGCGGCGAACAAUCGGGUGAGAUGUCUUCGGUGUCCGACAGACUUGGAUUGACCUGGUCGUUUCCUGCCAUAGUUUGCGGAAAAAUAGCACAACGAAAGUGUGCAGUGAAUAAACGUGAAAGUGUUGUGAUAUACAAAAUAAUUAAUAAGAAAUCCAAUAGAAAUUAUGAUAGCUUCGUAGUGAGUGAAAUACAGA